AUGGCAGCUCGUUUCUUUCUCGUCCUCUGCUUUCUCUCAGCGGCCCCGUUGACGAGCAGCUUCCCCUCCAUCCCACUACAUCAAGUUCCGAUUCUUCGCGAGAUCCAUCGCAGUUUUCAACCAGGCCUGCGCACAGAACUCAUCUCGACCAACUCCACGUACCACAAGUACCUUGCGGUUGAAAGUCAAAAAUCUUAUCGGAGGAAAAAUUUCAGCAUUGGAGACCACCCGGUGUUGGAAUUCCUUAGCAAGGUGCUGGAGUUCGGCAAGGGAAUAGGAGCCUUCUUCUUCAUCUCAGCAGUCGCUCACAUCGGGUUCGGGAUCGCUGCCGGCCCCAAACGAACUUCGCCUCCUCCCGUCAGAACCACGACUGGGCUGCCUUACUAG